UUCCCUUUUGCUUUUUGUGAUUCUUCCUCUUCUACAUCGUUUUCACGGGGUCUUUCUUAUUCUCAAUUUCAGUUUUCUUUCAGAUGUUUUUGACAAUACCAAGAGAAAAGAUUAAUUUGUUUUACAUUUCACUUUAUUUGUUAUUUGUUGUUCCUUGUUUUUAUCUUUCUAAUUUCAAGUUCUUUUAACAAUUUACAAAAAUUUAUUCAAAAAUCUAAAGUGUUUCCUAAAUAAAAUCACAAUAACACCAAAUUAGCUAGCGGUCUGCUGCUUUGCUCUUUGGCUCUGUCUUAGACGAAGUCGUUUUCGUUGUCAUCGUCGUCGUUGUCGUUGUCGUUGUCGUCGUCGUCGUCGUAGUUGUCUCAGUUGUCUUGUCUUGUCUCGAACUCGAAGAAAGACAAAUAAAUUUAAAAAAGAAUUAUUGUGAACAAAUUGCAAAACGAAGACACAAAAAAGAAUAAGAAAUUCUAAAAUUCUCCACAUUGACGCGAUUUAAAAUAAAAGAUUCCAAGCUAUCAAGUUAUGGCAUUACCGCGGAAAUUAACAAAAAAGAUAUAUGAGAUAAAAGCUCACAGCGGAAAGGUGACCAGUCUAGACCUUGGCGAGACAGGCCGGGUUUUAGUAACAGGUGGACAAGACCGCAAUGUAAAUCUCUGGGCAAUUGGUGAAGAAAAAUGUUUUAUGUCACUUACUGGACACAAUGGAUCCAUCGACUGUGUUAAGUUUGCGUACAAUGAUGAUUUUGUCUACUCGGCCGACGACAUUGGCAUCAUCCGGCGCUGGGACCUCAACGCUCAAACGAUAUGUUCCACUCUCAAUGGACAUAUGGAAAGCGUACGAACGUUGGACUUUAAUCCGUCGGGGGAGUAUGUGAUCUCCGGCAGCAAUGACACCACAGUAAGAUUAUGGGACGUUCGAAAUCAAAAUAAAUGCAUAAAAGUCUACCGUGGUCACAUAGCUCAUGUGAAUUCAGUUAAAUUUUCUCCAGACGGUUUAUGGAUAGCAUCUGCUGGCACAGAAGGAUCCGUAAUUCUCUGGGACAUCCGCAAGAGUAAACUUAUUAUGGAUUUUACAGAAAAAGAGCCAUCGGUCACAUGCAUUCAAUUUCAUCCCUUCGAAUUCCUACUGGCCGUAGGUCGAAUCGAUGGUACCAUAAGCAUAUAUGAUUUGGAAAGCCAGAUUAGAAUUUCAAAAACCGAUACAACAACUCCGUUCAGUGGUUAUCCGAUCAAAUGUAUUACAUUUAGUGAAAAUGGGGAAUGUCUUUUUGUGGGUACAUCAGUAGGAAUUUCAGUCAUUGGCUGGGAACCAGACAGAGAGUUUGACAAUAUAGAAUCUAUGUGGCAUGCGAUGGGCGAUAUGAAAAUUGUUAACAGAAAACUUCUUUGUGGAUCCUAUGAACAAGAUUAUGUAGCUAUUCAUGCUCUUACUAUCGAUCGAGUUAUACCAUUUUACAAUCCGUCCAAUUCACCUUUUAGUCAUAAUCAAACAACACGAAAAAGUUUUUCCAGAGGCCAUCAAAAACUACGUCUAUCUAUAGGGGGUCCCAAACAAACUCGUCUCGUUGAAGAAAACGAAGAACGAAGUCCCAGCUUAGACGGACAAUCUUCACCAAAUUUGAGCUUAGAGCUAGUUGAUGAUAUGGAAGAUACACCGAGUGCUCCGAACUCAAACGGAGUUAGUGUACAUUUUGACCUAUAUGGACCUGGUCAAAAGGUAAACCCUUACAUUUUUCCAUCGAUUUCAUCAGAAACAACAAGCUACAGCAGUGGUGGUUAUGAAGGACCAAGUUCGUUAAAAAUGCCAGGUGAACGGGAUGUCUACAAGUUUAAUCGGAUUGUCGACAUGCACGCCAAUGAGAUUGAAUAUAACCUUAACGACAGCAAUCCGCCCAUCAUCUCAAAUUACAAUGGUAGUGAAUUGGUCGAAGACUUCCCCGUAAACAGUGCCCAGAAUUAUUCAAACAAUGUUCAGAAAACAGCAAAAUCCAAGACAACAUCGCAUGUUCAGAAACGGACCAGUCAGAUAGCAAUAUCUAACAAAAGUUCCAACUUUCAAAGUCGGAGUAAAUUGUCUAAUGUUUCAUCGGUUAGUACAACAGAUUUGCACAAAAUUGACGACAAUGUGGUGAUGAAAAAGUCUUCAUCUUCGACGAUAUCAGCAAAAGUGAAACGUGAGGCGGAUUUUAACAAGGAAAAUGCAAAAAAUAAAAAUAUAGCUGCGCGAAAAGCUCCAACGAGAUCAAAGACAUCGCUGGAUCUCCGACCACAACCUAUUCCUUCGCAAACCCAUUCACAAAAGAUUUCAUCGAAUGCAACCACAGAAAUGAAUAACUCACAAUCUAUCAGUAUUUAUACGAAUAAUGUACAACGAAUGCACAACAACCGAAUAGAUGACAGUUUGGAAAUCCAAAUGUUAGCCUCAUCCCAUGAGGAAGUAUACCAAGAACUGAACAACCGCCAUGCGACCUUACAACUAAUCAGAAAUUCAACAAGAUCGCAUGAUAUAGUGGGUGCACUUAAACAAGCGAUAAAGAUGAACGGCCGAACAGUUUUUGUUGACCUGCUUGGCGCCAUUCUAGAAAAAACAUCGUCUUGGAAUCUAGAUCUAUGUUUGUUACUCCUGCCAGAAAUCUAUGAACUCCUACAGAGUCAACACAAGUUUCAUUAUACCCGCGCAUGUGACACUCUUCGAGUGAUUCUGUCUAAUUUCUUGCCAAUAAUUCAAGAUAAUAUCGAUCCAUGGUCGGCAAGUGGACUAGGAGUCGAUGUUACCCGAGAAGAACGAACACGUAAAUGCAUUGAGUGUCAACAUUGGCUUCAACGAAUACGUAACAUCUCGGAACCUCCUCAGCACAUUGGUUCCACAUUAUCACAGCUUCAAAAUAUGAUUGUGAAUAUCUAGAGAAAAAAUUAACUUGCUAGCCCCUGAGGUUAUUUAUUGUAUGUCCGCAUGAGCGUGUUCCAUCAUUUUGUUUGACCAUUUAUAUUUAUAAUUAUUUUUGAUGUGAUGUCCUGAGGUGUGAUUAAAUGAAAUAUAGUAAUUAAAAUAAUUCAGAAUAAUAUUAGACACACAACAACAAAAAUAACAAAAUUAAAAAAGAAAAUAACUAACAAAUUCGGGCAGAAAAGUAAAUAAGAAAGAGUGAUGCGAACUCACUUUAAAAUAAUAUAGAUUUAUUUUAAUUUAAAUUUGAAGCCAGCACGUAUGAUGUAUGAUUGUUUAUCGAAAAAGUUUACAAAAGUUUAAAAAGCCAAUGGAUUUUUUAUCAUAUUUAUAAGAUCCUCAUUAAAAUGCGUGUUAGGCUUAAAUAAGGAAAGUAGACACUAAUAAAAUAUUCGUCUAAGUAAAACAAAGAUCUAAUUCGACAUAAUUCUGUUGUAAAAUAUUUGUUCGAAUAAUAUUGGUAGGGAUGUUGCAAUGUACCCAAUUAUUGGAUAAUAUGAUGAUAGAUUUAAUCUAUGUACAUUAAAACUUGUCAAACAAUUAUAUGCCUUGAGAACCUUUAAAAUUCUAAAGUUAUUAAAUUAUAAUGAGAAUUCCAAUGAAAGUUGGACUUUUCUGGUUCACUAGCAUACAUCGAGCAUCUUAAAUUAAAGCAUGAGAAUGU